AUGUACCUGAAAUGCGUAUGUUUGCUCGUAGCUUCCAUCCAAGCCAACGCCCUAGGUUCAAGAUCACCACCCUUGGGUUGGCGAGAAUUCCAAGACCUAGUAACAUUUGGCGAUAGCUACACAGACGACUCUCGCCUCAGCUACGUCUUCUCCCACAACGGCCAGUACCCACCAGUCGGAUACCCCAAUCCUAUUAACCUCCACGCCUCCGACGGCGGCCGCGUCUGGCCCCGCUACGUCCAACAAUACACCAACGUCAACGUCCACAACUACGCCGUAGCAGGCGCCGUCUGCAGCAAUAAGAUAACCCCAAAAUCGCUCGGCAACCCCAACGUCCUGAUCCCCUCCGUCGCGGAGUACCAAGUCCCCACCUUCCUCGCCGAGCUCAACUACCGCCUCCCAAACGGCACCAAGUUCACGAGUAUAGACCUCCCAAACACCCUCUUCGCCCUCUGGAUCGGCACCAACGAUCUCGGCCCCGAUGCCUUCAUCACCGACUCCCAACUCCCCGGCAAGACGCUUGUAGAUUACACCGAGUGUGUCUUCGAUCAGAUCCGGAGGUUAUACGCCCACGGAGCGAGGAGGUUCGUGCUGCUGAACGUCGCGCCUCUGGAUCUCGCGCCGCAGUAUGCGCUCCCGGACAAAGGCGGAUUGAGCGAAACGCAGUAUUGGCACAACAAGCCGGCGAAUCUGACGGCUGUGAGUUUUGCGAUGCAGAAGCAGGUUGUUUCUGUCAAUGCCGUGUUCAGGUACGAGGCUGAGUCUGUGGCGAGGGAGUUGGAGGGGAGUAAAGUCACACUCCUCGACGUCCACAGCCUGUUAACAGACAUCUACAACCACCCAUCGCAGUACCUCAACGGGACCGCUCCUUUGAACGUCACAACGUAUAUCAACCAGUGCAGCAGCAAUGGGACUUGUACGCCGCGGGCUAGUCCGGAUAGUUACAUGUGGUGGGAUGAAGUGCAUCCCAGCGAGCAGGUGGAGAGGAUCGUGGCGAGAGAGUUUGUGGAUGCGGUGAGGGGAUGGAGUCGGUGGGCGUCAUGGCAUUUCUCAAAAGAUGCCUCUGCAGGUUGA